AUGAUAAGAAAAUUAUCAUAUUUAACAAUGAUUUUUCCUUGCCUCCUGCCGCUCUUCAAGAACAAAUAACAUUACUUAAUAUUAAGUGUUCUCCAAGGUUGAAAUGAUAAAAAUUCGCUGCUGGUUUCUGUCCAAAACUCAUCAGGGACAAAUCAUGUUACUUUGUAACACGUGACCAUCGAUGACGAGAUAAUGAGAAAAAAUCAUCUGUCUGAAGAAGCCAGCAUUACUUCUUUAAUCCAGAAGUAGUUAUUACUUGCCAGUUACCGCUAGCAGUUAAUAUAUUGGAUUCUGAUUUUUAAACAUGAAAAGUGUAGUUUUAGCUUACAGUGGAGGAUUGGACACUUCCUGUAUUUUGGUAUGGCUAAUUCAGCAAGGUUACGAUGUUAUUGCUUUUAUGGCGGAUGUAGGACAAGAAGAAGAUUUCGAAGUGGCACGCAAGAAAGCUACUAAACUGGGUGCAAAAAAGGUGUAUAUUGAAGAUUUGCAAGAAGAGUUUGUAACUGAUUUCAUCUGGCCUUCUGUUCAAGCCAGUGCAAUAUAUGAGAGACGCUAUCUUCUGGGUACUUCUUUGGCUCGUCCAUGCAUAGCCAAGGCUUUAGUUGCAGUUGCAGCUAAAGAAAACGCUGAUUACAUAUCCCACGGAGCGACUGGAAAGGGAAACGAUCAAGUCCGGUUCGAAUUAUCUUGCUAUGCUUUGAAUCCAAAACUAAAAGUAAUUGCACCUUGGAGAUUAAAAGAGUUCUAUGAGCGUUUUCCUGGAAGGCCUGAGCUUAUUGAAUUCGCUAAAGAAAAUAAUAUUCCAGUUCCUGUUACCAAAUCUGAACCUUGGAGUAUGGAUGCUAAUUUAAGGCACAUUAGUUAUGAAUCAGGUAUUCUAGAAGAUCCAUGGAAUCCACCUCCAGUUGGUUUAUAUAAAAUGACUGUUGACCCAGAAAAAAGUGUAGACGAAGCAACAGUUCUGGAUAUAGAAUUUAAAGAAGGUAUUCCAACCAAAGUGACGAAUUUAAAAACAAAUGAUGUAAAAACUUCUGCUCUGGAGUUGUAUUCAUACUUAAAUAAAAUUGGGGGUCUGCAUGGCAUUGGUAGAAUAGACAUAGUUGAAAAUAGAUUUAUUGGAAUGAAAUCAAGAGGAUGUUAUGAAACUCCUGGGGGAGCAAUUCUUCAUGUUGCUCAUGAAGAUAUUGAAGUAUUCACGUUAGAUAGGGAAGUUCUCAGAGUAAAAACAAACCUAUCGGAUACGUUUGCUGAUCAAAUUUAUAACGGAUUAUGGUACAGCCCUGAAGGUGAAUUUGUGCAAGCUUGCUUGAAACUAAGCCAGAAACAAGUAAACGGCACAGUCAGGGUAAAAGUAUACAAAGGAAGUGUUAGCAUAGUUGCGAGGAAAUCACCCACUUCUACCUAUAAUCAAGACUUAUGCAGUUUGGACAUCCUAGGAGGUUACUCUCCUUAUGAUGCAGAAGGAUUUAUAAAAACACAAGCAAUGAGAUUAAAAGAAUAUUUUAGAAUAAAGCCCAAACCAUAGACAAUUAUUGAACUAGAAUUGUCAACACUCAAAAGUGGUGUCAUCUAAAGGAAUUGCGAUGUUCAAAGACGAAAAAUGCUCAGUUCGCAAAGAGAAGAGCACUAAUAAAAUGUAUAAUGUAAUAAAAAUAUAUUUGUACUUUAUUAAAAUAAAGGUGAAUAUUAUAAAA